GUCUGGUUGUUGUGGGUGAGAGGACAGAGCUGCAUGAUUGUGGACAGGUUCUCCUCUGCUGGGUACAGGCAACCUCUGACAUGGGGAAGACCGAGAAGAAGGGAAAGAAGGGAUCAAAGAAAAAGAAAGGAAGUAAAAAAUCUCAGGAAUCCAAAAUGACGUUUGCCGAAGCUCUCCUGACCUAUCAAAUUCAGAUGAAGGAGUCUAUGAAUGAAGAGCUCUUUGCUGAGAUGAAACAAAUAGAAGAAAAGAAUACGAGAUACAAGGAAAGGAAUGAACGUCUAAAAGCCGAGCAGACGGGACACGUCAAGGAACUCCUGAGCGAGGCCAAAGCCCAGGAACGGGAACUGGCUAAGAAAGAGAUCGUCAACCGGGAACAAGUAGAGGAGCUGAUGAAAGAGAAAUGGGAUUUUAUUCGCCAGAAGGAGAAUUUGCUGGAAGAGAUCCGCAGCGAAAUAUUGCAACUGGAGAAGCAGAUCACAGAGGCGAAAACUGAGAGGGACUACUGGCUGGAAUAUAAGAACGUGGGGAGCCCAGAGCACGCCAAACAGAUUCAUCUCCUGCAAGAGGAAAUCAAGCACAUGACGCAGAACUUCACGGAGAUAAACGAACAUUUCAGAAGAAGCCUGGAGAUGACGAAAGAAAAGAUAGACCUGGAGACGGAGAAGAAGAUGGAUCUGACCAGGGAGAUGGCCACACAGGAUGCAGUGAAGUAUAUUGACUUGGAAAGCCAGAAAGAAAUCCAAGAGAAUGAGUGGAUGAAGAAAGAGGUCGCAAUUUACAGGAAAGACAUUCAGGAUCUGGAGGAGACUGUUUAUAAGACGGAGCAAGAAAAUCUGCAACUAAUAAAUCAUCUUUUCAAUUGCCGGCUUCAGGAUCUAAAAAUAUCCAGGAAUAUCUUCCUUACGCAGGCGGGUGGCCUGGAUCCACCAGGAGUUUUGGAGAACAGAUUGGCCAAACUGGACACGACCUCCGAUGGUGAAGGUGAAGACAAAUGGCUCCCCAUCCAGGAGGACAGAGAUUCCCCACUCUCUCCGGAUCUGAAACACUUAGCACAUGAGGACGAAAAGGAUUUCAAAGAAUACCUUCACCUUGGCCCACUGGAGCUGAAACUGUUGAGCAUCGAAGGACAAGCCGUGCCCCUCCACAAGCCAAGUGCGGAGGCCAGAAGUCUUGAGCAGAGCGAAGGACCAUCCAGUCAGAAUAAACUAAAAUGGCCGGUGACACCGCAGAUGAUAAAAUCAGCGUUUCCAACUUAACAUCGAUCUGUA